AAAGUUGAUUGUUCCCUCUCCCUCCCAUAUCCAGCAUCUCCUUUGCCAGCCAAGCAACGAGCAAAAAUGGACGACAUUGUGGUCGUAGCCCCAGGAACACAAUCCUCAAGGAAUGUCAGCAAUGAUCCAGAUGUCAUAAAACUGCAGGAGAUUCCAACUUUCCAGCCCCUUUUGAAAGGACUCCUCAGUGGGCAGACAUCUCCAACCAACACCAAGCUGGAGAAGCUGGACCCUCAGCAGGUGCUGCAGCUGUGCCUCCGGUACCAGGACCACCUCCACCAGUGUGCAGAGGCCGUGGCCUUUGACCAGAACGCACUGGUGAAGCGCAUCAAGGAGAUGGACCUCUCUGUGGAAACUCUUUACAGCCUCAUGCAGGAGCGCCAGAAGAAAUACGCCAAGUAUGCGGAGCAGAUCCAGAAGGUCAACGAGAUGUCUGCCAUCCUGCGCCGGAUCCAGAUGGGCAUCGACCAGACGGUGCCACUGAUGGAGCGGCUGAACAGCCUCCUGCCAGAGGGGGAGCGGCUGGAGCCCUUCUCCAUGAAACCUGACCGGGAGCUGAGGUCGUAGCACUCUGGCAGUUCCCCCCUCCUCACCUUCCACGCUCCAUGUUUGGCAUGGAUGCAUUUCCAGCAGGCUGCAUUGGCAGGUGUUUGGAGUGGGCAGCACUGCUGCUGGACUCUCUGCCAGAGCAGCAGAGGGAGAGCAGCAUUAACUGCCAGAACUGCACAGUCAGGAAUCCAGGAGCUCCCCAAAGGAGAUGAUUUACCAUUCUCUCAUCUCCCUCCUCUUGCCCUCCUGUCUCCUUUGCCACUACACCGCCUGUGCAGACACAUUUGUUUCACUGCUGUGACUAGUUGUGGUUUACAGAGGAGGAAUUUCCUUUCAUAUGAUUUAUUUUUUUUUACUAAAAAAAGUUCAAUGGGAUAUGGGGUAUGACAAACCCUCUAACAUGUUUUUUGUGCCACUGGGGUUUAGACAAUUAAGAUGGCUGGAAGGUAUUUCUGAGAUCCCCUGGCCUUGGAAAUAUGUGUGUUUUAUAGGUUAAAGUGUGGGAGCCAGGAACUGGCUUAUUAAAAUCUGGCCAUUAUCAUAAUUAACAUGGUUUGCAUGGCAGGGUUUUUAGCAUGUUCUUGAGGCUCCUGUUUCUGUGAGCUCACUAAUUUAUGAGGCUGUAAAGGAGAACUGUUCUAGAUAUGUAUGUCUGUUGGUGUAAAGCAAACCUUAGUGUUCCUCUCCCCCUUGCCCUGGCAAUGUCCCCAUGCCCCAGCUGGUGGCACUCUGACAGGCACCGAUACCAGCCUGCUCACUUUGCAUCCCAAAGUUGGGCGCAAGGUGUCUUUUUUUAUUGGGACACUCAAGUUACCUUGGUGCUGUCCUUUUUUACCAGUGGGGUGCAUCUGCUUCUUCAAGUGUGUGAGGCUGGAGGGGAGAGACACAGGAAGUCCUUUGGCUCUUUCUGUUGGUUUAUCUACCCUUGUGCCGGGAGCUGGUGGUGGCAUGCUGCUGAAUGACUGAAACCAUGGGGCCCUUCAGUAACAGUGCAGUAGGUUUUUGAUUGUAAUAAUUAUUGCUUGGUGGCAAGAAGCAACAGUCUGUUCUCUUGUUGCAUUCCCAAAGGCCAGCAUGAAUUUUUGUCAUGCAGACUGCAGCCAACUUAGAUGUGUUGUCAGAACCACGGUGGUGGUUGGAUUCCAGGGCUUGCUGAACACUAUAUAGAAGAAGAGUCCUGUAGAAAUGAAGCCCCCUGGAAUGUCCUGGGAAGCGGGACUGACUGCUUCAGGGAGGGAAGGGAACUCAGCAUGAGGAUUUUUUAGCAAAGGCAGCAGGUCUCCUUGCCUGCCGCUCUCACCCCAGAGGUUUUACACAGUUGCAUGUACACAGGCAUAUGCUGUGUGUUGCCCAGCAUAAAACAUCAAAAUUCCAUCCUUGUUAAAGGUUCCUGCCAUGUUUUACACUUGGAUUGUUAAAAGCUUACAUGAGACUUAACCCAGGAAAAGCUGUUUGUCAUGGCCAUGCCUUUGUGGGUCCUCAUUGUCCCAUGGAUACAUGGAAUAAUGUAUCUCUGCUUCCCACCAUCAGACACACAAGAAUAUUGAGCUGCUUUAAAUAGUGGCAGCAGCCAUUUUUGUCCUCCUUGUCCAGAUGCUGCUGUCUGGAUGUUUUAAAUAUGCAACAUUCAGCUGUCUGCCAGAUGUGAUCUCAUGAGUGUCCCACACCCUAGUGUGCUGGAAGCCUGUGCCACUGGGAAGGUCCUGAUACUGGAUCUCAAGGCAGAUGCUCUCUCCUGUAAGAUACUUUUCUGAGGCUUGUAGACAUUUGGCCUCAGGCCAUUAAGUAUCAGAUUAAAGCACUGCUCCCUGCAGUGCUAAUGAGGAGAAAGGAGUAGUACUCCCAGCUGAAGGCUGCCAGGAGCAAGUUCUGCAAAUCAGUUCCUUCCUCAUUUGCCAGAAAACACCAAGCUCUUGGGCUGAGAAUGGGAGAAAGUUUGUUCUUAGGAACACUGGUCUUUAAGCUUGUGGCUGUGCUGCUGGGCCUCACAGACAGAGCUUCUUGAACAGCAAGGGCAGGUUGUGGAAGGCAUAAUAUCUAAACUAGAAAGAAAUAAGAGCUGAAAUGUGAAGGCCAACCAUUUUCAAUGCUCACAUAUAUCACAAUGCUCACAGUAUCACCUUCAUUCCACAGGUGAUAGUCUCUUGCAUGGGUACUGUAAGAAGCAUGCACCCUCUAACUGCCCUUGAAUGACAGUUUACAAUUUUAUUUAAAACAUUGUCACUGCCUUCAGGAACUGUAAAUCUUUGGCCCUCUUGCUGAGGGUGAGACGUGUCCUGCCACAUCUUCUCGAGCUGCUGUUUGUUGCUCGACUGGUCCUUGUGGCUUUGCUCCACAUGCUGCUUUCAGCUUCAGCUCAGAUGCAAGUGAUGCUCAGGGUAAGACUGAUGCUUCCCUCCCAUGCUGUUUAGCAGGAGCUUGGAGAUGUGACUGGAAUCACCUUUCUGCUUAUGAAUGUCUUCUUCCAGGCCAAAUGAGGCCUCAGGUAUCUUUUGAAAAUGUACCAGCUGUUGCUUCUAGCACAAAUUUAGUGCUUUGAACAGGGAAUAAUUUAGCAUGCUAUUCUGAAACCAGACACUGCUGCCCUUCUCUGUUUUCUGGGUGGUGUGUGGUCUGGGGUAGAGCCUAAGCUUCUUGGUAUGUGAUCCUGUGAAAAGCUGGGGAGCAGGACGAGUCACUGGGGCUGUGGUUCCUCUCUGGCCUGAGCUGCUCUGGCACUUCCCUGGACUCUGCUGUUGCAGCUCUCCCGUUGUGCUGCCACUGGUGCUGCUUGUGUCUCACACUGGUCACUGUGCUGCCCAUGCAGAGCAGGUUUGCUUUGUUAUUUCCGUUGUUUUUGUCACUGAAUGCAUUGACAGGGUGCUUAAGUGCCAGCCUACCUGCUGGGCAAUUCCUGUGAAGAUCUGCUGAAGGGGAGAGAAGAGUUUUUGUGUUUUUUGGAUUUUUUUAGUAUAUGUAUUUUAAAUUAAAUAUAUUUAAAUAUACUUAAAUAUUUAAAGUGUGUUUUCCCCUCCUCCAAGCUUUUACACAGAGAGAAUAGAAAUACACGUUUUCACAGGCCCAUUGGUUGCAUGAGCCAGCUCCUCUCUCAGACUGUGUGCCAGUAGUUUCCCAAGGUACUGAUAGAACAGCCCUCCGUUCCCAAGCUGCCAGAGGAUAUUUUGAUUGUCAGCGUUGUGGGUGACCACUCCAUGGUUUAUGGGUGGUUACCCUGUUCAGCUUCCUACAUGCUCCAUGUUCCACAGCUCUAGCAUUAAAACCUUUGGUGCGGCUCUUU